AUGAAAAGGAUCAAAACGCUGAGAAAUUAUGUAGUGAAUUUCUUGCUCUCUCAGAUGAAAAAAAAAAAAAAAAGAAUUCCUGCAAUCAUUUCUGCCCCUGUUCGGUGUGCGAGUCUUCUUGCCUAAUGAUACAAAAAAAAUUUCCUGCUCCGAUCGCUGAAAAAAGCGCUUCUCUCUCUAUGCCUCCCUAUCUCUCAGUGUCUCUAUCUUCUGGCUGGGUGAUUUCAAGAAAAUUUAUAUACAGACCAAUAAAUAUGGAUAGUGUUUCACACCGCCGUAAUACUGCAAUCUGUGGUGGUGGAGACUGCUCUGCUUGCUCAAAAGUCUCUGCUUUCUCUCCUCUUUGUGAUGCAUUGCUCUGUCUCCAAAUUCUAGUCUCUAAUCUUUGUGUUUUGCAUCUUUUGUUGCAAUAUUAGGAGUUGAUAGGAUGGUUUUAUUUGAUUUUAAGGAUGUCUUCUUUGAUGGCUAGCUCUCUGAGGAAAAGGGUAUUUUGUAUGCAAGGAUCUCUUAUGGAGAACCAUUUUGUGAUUAAUAACGUGUUAGUACAAAUUAAUAUAAUUCCAUAGACAGGAACUUUAUGAUUACGAGUUUAUCUUUGUAAAGCAGUAGCACUUUCUGUGUUGCUACUUUCUCUUAAAGUUAUUGUUUUUAUCAAAUGCUGCUAGACUUCUUGGGACAUUCACGGUUUUUGUUUGAGUUUUUCCCUUCUGUAACAUUUAUGGGGUAUUAUUCUUUUUAAUUCGUUUUGUUGAAUUAAGCACUGGGCUAUUUUGCUUAAUUACUGUUGGUUUGGAAUGUAGCUGUUCUUAGCUAUUUUUGUUGUGAUGAGAUUGUGGGAACUGGAUGAUAUUGAAACAUUUUUUUCCCAUUUAUUCCUCUCUAUUUUGGGACAUGAGAAAGCUAAAGCCAAAUCUUUCACUAUGAUUUGUGACAAUUUUUCUUUAUCAUUUGUCUUUGGAACAUGUUCUGACUAAUUAUAUAGUUUUAUUAAAUUAAGGAGCGCUAAUCUUUAGAUUUAUAGCUCUCAUUUCGAAUUUCAUAGUUCUUAAUAGAAAGCAUAAUGAAAAACCAGGCGUCUGACAAAAUUUUGGGAUUCUAGAUUGACAAACUUAAUGAAUGAUUUAAGAGGGCUUUACUAGUGUUCUUGACAUAUGUAAGGUUGGAUCUAUUUUCAUUUGGGCAUGAAAAUAGUUCAUUCACUUUAUAAGAUUGGAUCAAGUAUAUACGUGCCAUUUUGCUGCAACCUCUUUUGCUGUGUGAUGAGUUUGGUUUCUAUUUAUUAAAUGUAGUUUUCGGUGCAGAACCUUGGUUUACAUAUAUGUUUGUAGUUGUCAAAUAUUUCUCAUAUUGCUACCUGAAUGGUCUGUUUGGUGUCGACUGAGCCUUGCUCUUUUCUUUUUAUUGCUCUUUUAACUAUAUUUCCUUGCUUGUAUUAGAAGUGAUCUUUUUGCUUGCUAUAUGCGGGUUAUCUUUAUUUAUUUUCAUUACAAUCGAUUUUGCUAUGAAAUAAGUGUGAGCUAUUGUGCAAUAGUAAGAUUGCUCUUUCAUGAUUUGAGGUUCAUGUGCUCAAAUAAUGGAAGCUAUGGACUCCUAACCUUUCCCAAAGUCUGCAAUAUGGGAUUCUCAUGCCAGUGGACACCCUUUUCCUUUAUAAAAAAAGGGCCUUUUUUUAAAAAAAAAAAUUAUGUUUUGAAUGUCUUAGCUUUUCAUGAAGUUUCAAGAAUCUUUAUUUGGCAUUUUUAGCUGUUCUUGUAUGCAUCAUAUGUCUGCCAUUACUUGUUUUAUAUUUUUAUUUUUAGAUGAGAUCUCAUCCAGACUAUGUUGAUAUUGUACCAGAUUUGAUUGCAACUGAUAUGAGAUAUCCUUUGGCUGAACUAAAUAGAUUGGAAAAGCGUUCAUCUGAAUGUAAGGAUGCUGGUCAAACAGAGGAGGAUAGCGAUGAUGGUGAUAGUGAUGGUGAUGGUGAUCAGGAUGGUGAUGGUGAUCAGUAUGAUGAUUCAUCCAGAGAGGAAGUGAUGGUGAAGAAAUGAAUUCUGAGACUGAGGCAAGUGGUGAUGGAGAGAGCAAUGAUGACAAUGACGAUGACAAUGAAGACGAAGAUGAAGAUGAUGAUGAUGAGGAGGAGGAAGAAGAUGAUGAGGAAGAUGAAGAGGAAGAAACCCAGCAACCUUCUAAAAGGAAGAAAUGAGAAAAACAUUGUUUUCACUUUUUUUCUUUAGAUUGGAGGAAUCUUAUUUUAUUAAAUGUUGACAAAGUAAAAAAUUCAAACCAUUAGUUUUCACAGAGCUCAAAACUAUUUCUUUUGAAUACUAAACCCUCUUCCUUGCUUGGUGUUUU